AUGCCCUCUUCGACUCCAUCUGGGACAACCGACAGACUGGUGUUCUGUCAUUUCAUGAUUGGCAUCACCAGCAACCGCCAGAGCUCAGCAGACUAUGAUGAUGACAUGAAACGCGCCAAAGAUUUGGGUAUUGAUGCCUUCGCCCUCAAUAUUGGCACAGAUCCUUACACCGACACUCAACUUGGCUAUGCCUACGAAUCCGCCGCUAGAAAUGGAAUGAACGUGUUCAUCUCCUUCGACUUCAACUGGUGGCAUAUCAACCAGGGCAGCGCCGUCGGUGCCAAAAUCAGACAGUACGCUGAUCACCCAGCCCAGCUCAAGGUUGAUGGAAAGAUUUUUGUAUCUUCUUUCUCGGGAGACGGCGUCGAUGUUUCGGCUAUGACUUCUGCAGCUGGACAGGACCUCUUCUUUGCGCCUAACUUCCAUCCUGGCCAGGGUGAUUUCAAUGCUAUCCAGGGAGCGCUGAACUGGAUGGCGUGGCCUAGUAACGGAAAUAACAAAGCCCCAUCGGAUGGCAAGAAUGUUACGGUGGCGGAUGGCGAUAAAGCAUAUAUGGAUGCCUUGCAAGGGAAGCCAUACAUUGCCCCUGCCUCGGCGUGGUUCUUCACUCAUUUUGGCGACGAGGUCUCAUACAGCAAGAACUGGGUAUUUCCCUCCGAUCUUCUAUGGUAUAACCGCUGGCGAGAAAUUUUGCAACUGGGUCCCCGAUUCGUGGAGAUCAUUACAUGGAAUGACUAUGGAGAAUCGCACUACAUUGGACCUCUGUCAUCACCUCACACUGACGACGGAUCAUCCAAGUGGGCAAUGGACAUGCCUCACACGGGCUGGCUGCAGAUGUCCAAACCGUUCAUCGCAGCCUACAAAGCCGGUGUCACCGACCCAAUGGACUACAUCACUGAAGAGAAGCUUGUGUACUGGUACCGCCCGACCAAAAAGGACGUCGACUGCGAUGCGACAGACACCACCAUGGAAGGCAAUCCAAACAACUCUAGCGGGAACUUUUUCCGCGGCCGGCCCAACGGAUGGGAAACCAUGACAGACGAGGUAUUUGUCGUCGCACUCCUCAAAUCACCGGCGCGCGUACUCGUACAGUCGGGCGACCAGUCACAAGCCUUCCAGGCGCCUGCAGGUAUCAGCGCAUAUUCCGUACCGAUGGGCAUCGGCCAACAGAAGUUUGCUGUCACCCGUGGCGGACAGACGGUGCUCUCGGGGACCAGUCUUCGAGACAUUGUCGACACUUGCGUGUGCGGCAUCUACAACUUUAAUGCUUACGUGGGGACAUUGCCGGCGCCAGCCACGAUUGACCGGCUCCAGCCCGCGGGGCUGGCUUCGCUUUCGCAGGGGUUGAAGGUGGCGUGCCCGACGAACACAUUGGGGCCGCAUUCCAGCUUUGGUUAG